CGCGAAGAUUUGUCGCCAAGCAGUAUAAACGGCUACAGCGCAGACAGUUGCGAUGCGAAAAAGAAAAAAGGACCGACACCGCGGCAGCAAGAAGAACUGUGUCUAGUGUGCGGCGACAGGGCAUCGGGGUACCAUUAUAACGCUUUAACAUGCGAGGGCUGCAAAGGGUUCUUCAGACGAAGCAUAACGAAAAACGCGGUGUAUCAGUGCAAGUACGGCAACCAUUGCGAGAUAGACAUGUACAUGAGGCGCAAGUGCCAGGAGUGCAGACUGAAGAAGUGCCUCAGCGUGGGCAUGCGCCCCGAGUGCGUGGUGCCGGAAGUGCAGUGCGCACUGUCGGACACGGAGAAGAUCAGCACGAACGGAGUGAAGCCAAUCUCGCCCGAACAAGAAGAACUUAUACAUCGACUUGUUUACUUUCAAAACGAAUACGAGCAUCCUUCUGACGAAGACGUAAAACGAAUCAUUAACCAACCCAUGGAAGAACGCCCGUCGCUGAUCGAGGGCUGGAAGGUGGAGAAGAUCCAGGAGAUCUACCUGGAAGCGCUGCGGGCGUACGUCGACAACAGGCGAAAACCGCGGCCCGGCACGAUAUUCGCCAAGCUGCUCUCCGUGCUGACGGAGCUGCGCACGCUCGGCAACCAGAACAGCGAGAUGUGCUUCUCGCUGAAGCUGAAGAACAAAAAACUGCCGCCCUUCCUGGCCGAGAUAUGGGACGUCGAUCUGAAGACAUAG